AUGCGUGAGCUGGAACAAAGACAGAACAUCAACAAACAAGCAAGAGACCUGAAAAUGACAAAUACCCCACAGGUCCGAGUCAAGAGGGCAUCAUCUUAUCCCAUAGGUUGGUUUGGGAUCAGUGGUCGCUGUGUCCGUUAUGUCCCUCGGGCCAUGACCUGGGCUCGAGCAGAGUGAAACUGUUUGCACAUGGGUGGACAUCUCGCAUCAGUUAACAGUGAUGACGAGUAUCAUGACAUUCAGAACAUGAUCAAAAAGAUCACGUAUCAGAACAGUGAGGCGUGGCUCGGAGGAUCAGACGCUCAGGAAGAGGGGCUCUGGUUUUGGAGUGAUGGAAAGUCUUUCGGGUAUAACAGCUGGUGUCCAGGAGAGCCGAAUAAUCACGGCAAUCAACACUGUUUAGCAAUUAAUCAUUCAGGCCAAAAAUGCUGGGAUGAUCGUCACUGCCGAGAAAAGCAUCCAUCUGUCUGUGCUAAAACCUACAAACGAUUUAGGGGUCUGAUCUGAGUUGUGAAGCUUCAUGUGUUUGUGUUGUAUGUCGGGUGGAGGCUCCAUAUGUCAUGACACAUCUUUAUUUCUUUGCUGUAUCUGUAACGCUGCUUCAGGGAGGAAAAGACACGUUAGCCUGAGCUGGAUGAUGUCGCCACAGUAACUGUGAAAAGUUACUUUAUUCGUUACUUUGUACACUUACUUCAUUAGCAGCUGCGGACAACUUGUUGGCAGCUGU